AAUGGGAAUACUUAUUGCAGUUCUUGGAAUCUGGUUCAGUUCUUCACUUGUAAGAGGAGAUUCUAAGGCUGUGACCACAUCUCUAACUACAAAGUGGUCUUCAACUCCUUUAUUGCUUGAAGCAAGUGAAUUUUUAUCAGAAGAAGGUCAAGAAAAGUUCUGGAAUUUUGUUGAAGCCAGUCAAAAUAUUAAGAUAUCUGAACAUGAUGGUAGCGAUUACUCUUCUUACCAUGAAAUGCUGAAAGUAGCCUGCCAGAGCCUGUCACCUUUGCAGCAGAAUUUGUUGAAAUUUUCCUUGUCGUUGCGCUCUUACUCUGCAACAGUUCAAGCUUUUCAGCAGAUAGCAGCAGAUGAACCUCCGCCAAAGGGCUGUACCCUCUUCUUUUCUGUGCAUGGGGAGAAGACAUGUGAAUUUGACUCUCUUGGAAGCCUUUUACAGGCAGCUUCGGAAAGGCCAAAGCCGUUUUUGUUCAAAGGGGACCACAGAUACCCCACGUCAAACCCUGACAGUCCUGUUGUCAUAUUUUAUGCCGAGAUUGGCUCAGAGGAAUUCUACAGAUACCAUAAGCAGCUUGUCUUAAAGGCUGAGGCAGGAGAAAUCACUUAUGUCCUCAGACAUUAUAUUGCUCAUCCCAGUAAAGAAAAAGUCUACCUCUCUGGCUACGGUGUGGAACUGGCUAUUAAAAGCACAGAAUACAAGGCCAAGGAUGAUACACAGGUGAAAGGCACGGAUGUAAAUGCUACAGUAAUAGAUGAAAAUGACCCUAUUGAUGAAGUGCAAGGAUUUCUGUUUGGAAAACUAAGGCACUUGUAUCCUGACUUGACAGAAGAGCUGAAAGAGCUCAGGAAACACCUCGUGGAAAGUACCAAUGAAAUGGCACCUUUGAAAGUCUGGCAGUUACAAGAUUUAAGUUUUCAAACUGCUGCUCGCAUUUUGACUGCUCCCCCUGUGGAUGCUUUGAUGGUCAUGAAAGAUCUCAGUCAGAACUUUCCUACAAAGGCCAGAGCCAUAACGAAAACAGUUGUUUCUUCGGAACUCAGAGCAGAAAUUGAAGAGAACCAGAAGUAUUUCAAAGGAACAUUAGGAUUGCAACCGGGAGAUUCUGCCCUGUUCAUCAACGGACUACUUAUUGAUUUAGACACUCAGGACAUAUUUAGCUUGAUUGAUGUGCUACGCAAUGAAGCCCGCGUUAUGGAAGGCCUGCACAGCUUGGGAAUUGAGGGUCUUUCACUGCACAACGUUCUGAAGUUGAACAUCCAGCCGUCAGAUUCCGACUACGCUGUGGACAUCAGAAGCCCUGCUAUUUCAUGGAUCAACAAUCUUGAGUUUGACAGUAGGUAUAAUUCCUGGCCCUCCAGUGUGCAAGAACUGCUGCGUCCCACGUUUCCAGGCGUGAUCAGACAAAUUAGAAAAAACUUCCAUAAUUUUGUGCUGAUAGUAGAUCCUGUUCACGAGACCACAGCAGAAUUACUGAAUGUCGCAGAGAUGUUCUUCAGUAACCACAUCCCACUGAGGUAA